ACACGGCUCGCGUUAGGCAGGUGGUCGCAGGCUGCGGACGUGCGUGGAACGGUACCGUUCGUGCCGCGCGUCGCGGGAACGCGGAAGAAUUUCUACGAGAGGAGGGGAAUUUCUAUGAGGGGAGUUCUCGCGUUUGGCAAUUGACAGUGAUCGGUGACAGUGCAUGACAUCCGUCGUUUGUUCGCCGCUCGCUCGCGCGAUCGAGAGCGCAAAGUGUAUUAUUCUUUCUCUCUCGCUCCAUCGGACGGUGCAGUGAUCUCCCGUGCUCCAGCCACGGACAAUCUGGGUUCACGAGUUCGAUUUGAGUGUCGUCACAUCGGAGGAGAGGAAAUUCCCUUCCUGGAACGCAGUUCCUUUCCUUCACCGUCUGAGACAGCCCGGCGGCGACGAAAGUCAAUCCACGUCGUGGGAAAAGAAGCAAUAUCGCGGAUUUAUCGAAAUGAAAUACACCGUCGAAUGGAAUUAGGAGAAAAUUACGGCGUUGACGAUCGUCGUGGUACCAAAUCGUAGAAAUUAUUAUGCAAGAUGAAUGGCGAAUCGUACGUACCAUAGAGACGCCAGGUCGGCAUAGAAAUGGGCAACAACGGCAGCAACUCCCAUCAAUAUUGCGCGUCCAACGGACCAUCGCAAGAGAUUGCUGGACGCGGGUGGACGCAGUCUUUCCCUCGGGAGCUGGGGAGGCAUCAUCCUCAGCAGUCGACAGGACACAAGGUCCUGCCGGAGCCGCCCAAUCAGCGGCUACGCGCCACCAAUAAUGGAAGCAUCAUUCACAACGGGGGAACCAUAAGCGGCCGCAGGCCGCCGGCCCUCACGCUUCCGCACGACCUUAAUAAGCAGGGAAUAUUUCGCAGCCGCAGCACUUCAGCAUCGAACAUCGGCGCGUCACGCAGCCGUAAGAUCGAACACCAUUGCUGCUAUUACGGGAAUGGAUCGAGAUGUUGUAUGGAGAACGAGAUGCAAGAGCUCAAAAGAUUCGGCAGCGAGCCCGAUCUGCGGUACUCGCCGAUGGCGCGAGAGGCUGCACGCUGCAACGGGAAGCAACAGCAGCAGCAACAUCAGCACGCGAUGGAGCACCGACAUUGCGGAAGCGGGCAUUAUCCCGAGCGAGAGUGUAGAGAACGAGAGAGCCGGUAUAAGGGCAAGAAGAAAUACAAGGCACCGGCACCGCCGACGAACGGCGUCAUUGACGGAUCGUCUCCAGAUUCUUAUAGGUGCAAUGAAUCCGGCCAGAUUCGAUCGAAUGGUUGUCGCGGUGAAGAAGAGAUCCAACCGCCGCCGAGGCGGUCGCGCCUCUUCAAGACGCGAGCAGAGACGAAGAGAGCGCAGGUCAAUUGGUUAUCUUCUUCCUCGUCGUCGCAAACUCAUGUUGUCACGGAACGCUGUGAAAACGGUGGCAGCGGAUUAGACAACGAGCGACGGUGGCGAGGUGAAGAUGGCCGCGUUGCCAAUAAAGAGAAUAGACUCGUCUGGCGCGAUCAGAGUAAUUAUCUCCAUCAGGAUCGUUGGUGUCGAGACGAACAUAGGCGUUCGCGUAUCUUUGACGGCAAGAAUACGCUGCAGAGGAGUAUGAGUAGUCCGGAGUUCCAAGCAGAGUUGAUGCAGGUGGCUAGGAAGGUGCGCAACAAGCUCAACUGCGGCGGCAGGUCCUCCGUGGAGUCGAUGAACUUGGAGCGUAAUAGCGAUACCGAUCGGUGCACGAAAGAAUCCAAGAUUGAGGAAGUGAAAAGGCCGGAAAAACGAUCAGCGAGGAACGAGGAGAGUUGCCUUGAGGAACGUAUGAUCGAAGACAGGAUCGAGGAGAGGCGACUGAACGAUCGUUGUAAUCGAUCCGAAAAUAAACAUAAUGAGCGCAUAUAUGACGAGCGCAAAGAGAAUGCCCGCGAUCCCGGAAGGACUAAGGACUACUUAGAGGAGAGGCAAGCGGAGGGUGUAUCAGGCGGAAAGAGACGACUCGUCGAGAAAUCGGCGAUAUUCGAUGAACCCUCUGCGAUGCACUCGAAAGAACCUCUUCGGAAAGGUCUGAAAGAUCGCUUGGACGCCGUGGGGCAUUCCUCCGGAGAGAGGUUCUCAUCGGAAAAGCACCGAAGAGAACUUCUUGAAGAUUAUCAACGAGCCAAGAGUGUCGCCAAGAGCCGGAAGUAUGAAAAUACAACAGACUUGGGUAGAACUAGAUCGGAGAGUCCGGUCAGAUCUUAUAUCAGGAUUACAGAUCCUCGUGGACAGGGCUCCGGAAGGGAAAGCACGCCUGAACGAACAAGCGAGGCCAAAGAGAGAGAGAAGGAGAGAGAUCCCGAUCGUAGACGGCGGAAGAGCGACGUUAGGAAUACUGAUGGCGCAUCGGAUGAGAAGAGAUGGUCCUGCGAACCUGUUCCCGCAACAGCGGAGAAGAAAGAUGCAAAAUCCAAAGAGAAGCUCGCGAGAAAACCAGAAGUCAAGGAAGUCGUCCGCGAGAAAAAUUGGCACGUAUUGCCAUUGCCGGAGAAGUCCGCACCGAAGAACUUUUACUUUGGCAUGGAUGAAGCGUUGUCAAAUGAGUCCCGAAAUUGCGUGGAUCAACACAUGGAGCAAAUCCAAUCUAGGUUACAGUCCAGAGAGAUCAAUGGAUCAAUCGAAUGUCAUGAUUACACGGACGAUGGGAAAAGUGGAACCGAAGACAUUUCAUUAAAAUUGCGACCUACGUUACCUAAGAAACAACUAGAGAUUCCGCGAUUUUCACCAUCAGCAGCAUGGAGAUUACUGUCGGCUUUGGAAGCACCUGGCCCAACCAUGAGCACAGCGAGCGAGGAAAUUCCGGUGAUGUUCGAAGAGCGUAUCGAACGUUUGUCGAGGCCGCCUCCGCCGCUGAUUGCGCUUGGUCCGCGAAGCUCGCACGAUAAAUCAGGCGAUUCCGGAAUAUCCGGAGACGCUGGUGCAGUCAAUGACGACUCGUUGGACGUCAGCACCAACACCAACAACAAUCGAUUGAAGACGCCGGCGAUGAGACCGACAUGGACUCCGCAGCAGGACUUAGGCGAAGAGUCUAGCAGUGACGCUGGGGUAGAUUCACCGCCACCGAUGCCAACCCCAGUGAAAUUCCCGCCCAGGGCGCAUGUAUUCUCGUUAUCAUUGCCGCGCGACGACAAUCGUAUGUAUUUGUAUAACCCAGAUUUGAAGAAGGAGGGCUCGACUUUCAAUUCGCUGCAGAAACUGAAGAGAUCAGUGUCGGGCGCCCUCGGACUCGGGCCGCUGGACUUAGAGAGGAAACGUACUCGCGAUGUCCUCGACGACAACUGGCUGCUGUCAACAAGUGCCCCGACGUCGUUGCAGCACACUCAGAUCACAGAUCUGACACGAUCCUCGCCAUCCGGCUGGAAGCCUAGCUUUGACGACGAGGAUGAUGACGAAGUAUUAGUGGAAGACUUAGAGGAUCGCGGCGACUUUCCCGUGAUCAUGAAACCGCCCUCGUUUUCGUAUUUAGCUUCCGGUGGUCAUGUAAUGUACCUGCCCGAGUCCAAUGACACUCAUUAUCAGACGCAAAGGAGUUUGAGCUACAGGAGCAAUAUGGCAGCGGAAAGCGAGAAGAAUUCUGGUAACAGCUCCGGAUCAAAGUAUCGCAAAAACGGCGUGGAUGAAUUCAGGAAAUCGAGCAAGGAUGUAGAGAAAACGAACAAGCAUCCCAAAGAAUCAGUCAUGCUAAAAGAAAAGCCUUUUGCGAACGAAAAAGUGAAUAGAUUUUCCAAAUCGUGUGAGAACAUUUCCGAGAUGAAACAACGAAGUAUUUCGCCCAUUGGUGGCCAGCAGAAUUUGCAGGAUGAUAAGGAGAUUGCUCCAGAAAUCAAGACACCAUUAAAGAGUAACUCGAAAGGCCGUAGAUUCACAUUCCAAAGUACUGUGCGGCAGAUUGAAAGGCGCAGAUUGGCGGAGAAGUUAUCGCGAGAGGCGGAAGCCAAGGAAAGACAGAGGAAAGGCGAGCUGGAGGCGAUGCGUAAGGUAGAGGAGGAAUUUCAACGAAAACGAGCGAGAGAAAAGGCAAAUAUCAGGCAACAACUUCGCUUAUACAGCAUGGAUGAAAAUUUGAGUUUACCUACUGUGUGGGACAGUUCUCAAUUAUCUCGUGCGGACCCGGACGGCGCGCCAUCGUCAUCCGCGUCGUCACCCACGUCAGUUCCACCGGCAAAAUUGACGACUAUACGAAAGAGUAGCGUCAGCAGCGAUGAGUAUUUGCGUAAAAGAGCGUCCAGCGUGGAUUCGAGACAGCAACAGCAGCAACAGCAACCGAGGGAGUACAAAGAUUAUCGACCAAAGUAUUACGAUUGGGCGCCCACCGACUCGUCGUCGCAUCUGGAAUAUAAGCAGACCACGGUACAUCCUAAAGUGGUAUGUGACAUUCCCAAGAGCUCGCCCGUCUUUGUAGACGCGCACGCAAACGUUUCUAAAACGGCGAAUGUCAGUUCCACACCUAGAUCCGACAAUUACAGGAAAGAUUUUGCUCAUGGGGCUGUGGCAGCGAGAUCUUCCUUAGCGAGCAGCGACAGUGAGCUAUCGCAACCGAAUACGAGACCGCAUUCCAGGCAAGCCGUCAGCAAGAGCAAACCCAUACGGUCUAGGUCGACUAGCCCAACACGCAGUGAGGAAGCCAUCAGCACGGAGGACGAGACCCCGGUGGAGCCAAUCAAACAAGAACGAAGCCUUAUGAAUGGCUUCAUAUUGAACGGUGUGCAACCUUUUGUGAGGGAGAAGAGCUACCGACCCAUUUCUUUCAAUCCCCAACCGCCUCCGCCUAUUCCAAGUUAGAAGCCAUACUGCGGAUUUUAAAGAAUACUGUAGAUCUUAACAAAACUGUGUAAAGAGAAUUCGACAUAUGUUAUUCAUAUAUUU